CUCCGGAUACUGUUACUACACGUAUAUUCUGGCAUUAAUGCUCUAGGCUGAACCUAUAGCAUGCUCCUCAAGUGAGGCAUGAUCGUGCCCAUCAGCAAGUUGAAGUGGGUGGAGGAUGACUCAGAAAAGGCGGCGGCGUAUCUGAACAGGGUGGGUGAGCUGCGUGCAGAGUUAGUUGAGCUUCAUGGCAAACUGCGGGGCGUAUGUAUGGCUCAUGGUCGGACGAUGGCGAAUCGUUGGCAAAAGAGACAGAAGGAGAAACGGAAGAGCUUUCUCAAGACCGCUUUCCCAGCUAUAUUGGAAGUCCCUUUCGACCUCCCUCCAGGAAGGAUCGAACUCAACCGUGGACCGAACGAGUCGUUUAUGAAUGUGGAGGAUCUGUCGACUGGAUCAAACCUGAUGUCUUUGUUGGCGACCCGUACGCUUUACAGGCUGUCCGAUUGGGUCCCUUACGACAAGAACACAAAAUCAUUCGAAGGAUUCCAUUGUCCCUGGCUCGUACUUCUCAGUGGAGACAAUGACUCUUACGCAUGCCUCAUAUCGCUGGACGAACAGGCGAAAAGACAACACAAAGGCAUGCUGGGAGGUGUGGUUGGCGUCAGUCUGGGCGUGAUUGUGCUCGAUUUUCAAAUAAAGGUGAUCAAGUUCCUAUACAAUAUCGUUCAAUUACUGCUUUCUGAUAUCGACUUAUCCAAACCUCCGAAAGACAACUUGCCAUUGACCAUGGCCGAUAUAAUUGACCUGAGCUCACGAUCUCCUAUCGAACGAUAUCGCCUCCGCGCUUAUUCUCACCCUAUACAAUUCUCGAAAGAGAAGUUGAUCAACCUCGUUCUUUCCAAACUGCUGGACGUCCAGGACAAUUGGAUCCUCCUUAGAACGGAUCCUGUUUACUUUCACACCCGACUGCAAACGAGAGCCCUCUAUCCGUUGCGUGGCAUGAACGGAAAACUCGAACAAAGCGACUGGCAUGCGAUAAUGGAACAGCUCGUGAUCGCAGAAUAUGAGAGUCUCAAGCUCUGGUCGUUAGCCUGGAGUCAUGUCCAGACAUUGUUCGGCCUCGUCCACAAAUCUGAAGAAAAAAACAAUAACGACUGCCAUGAACGUGAUCUGACGGCAAACGAUUCACGAAAACCAACAACUCCACCCUUAGCAGAGGCGGAUCAUGAAGACGCUCGUUCCAUGGCUGAAGAGUCCGAUUGCCCUGAGACAAGAGGAAAGCUGAUGUUGAGCACAACGGAAGAAACUUUGGCAAGGCUUCACGUCAUUCUAGACUUCAUUGUGGAGCGGCGAGAGUCGCUCCAUGGUAUGAUCAUCAAUGCACCUACUCUCAAACACCUAUUUCAGCGUACCAAACAGAGCGGGUUUGUUCCAAGUAAGGUGACUUUUCUAAGAACUGUGUCACGAAGAGAAGCUGGACAAAAUGCCCUCGUUGAUCUCAUUGAUCCUCUGUGGACAUUGGGCGACGAGACGAGUUUCGUGAAAGUUAUUCAACUUCCUCGUCUCUACGCAGUGGUGGACGAAAUCAUACAAAAAGAUAUCCAUCAACGCGGUCGAUUACCAGCUGUGAUCCACGACAUUGUCUCAGAGCUCCAGGCUUGCGACAACGCCCUGCUGGAAAUAUCCAUUCAUCCGGAUCGCCGCUAUUUCCUGUCCGAAGCUCAGAGGAUUGGGCAGAGAGAUAAACUCCGCGGCGAUGUCGGAUGUGUCCAGGGUUGGUCUACAACCACUGCUGUUCCCACAAUGUUCCAGGAGCGAUACUUGUUCGAUGGAAAUGUGCCGUCACAGGUCCAAGAAAACAAGGCACGAAGAGCCUUACAGCUUCUUUGGCAGCACUUUGAUCCCGGCUGUCAUGAGCUUGGGGAGUCGAGUAAUGGCUCGUACGGAGACACCAGACACGUCGAAGAUAUUUCGCCUGCUCACUCCCACGACAUCUCAUGCGUAGGACAGCCGUUGAUCACUGUUGGUGUAAAGAAGAAGAAUUUCCGAGUUCUUCAAAUCCUCUUCGGCCCAUUGUCUGAGAUGGAAGACAGCGAUGUGACUUGGGAAGGAUUUCUCCAGGCUUUGCGGGCAAUCGGCUUCAGAGCUGACCGCAUUUUCGGAACCCAGUGGCGAGUGAUUCCGAGUAACGAGUCCCCGUGGCCAGCUUAUCCGAUUUCGUUACAAGAACCACUGCCUGGACCAAGACUUACAUGGCAGCAAGCAAGAUUCAUAACAAAGCGCAUGUUCAGACAUUAUAAUUUGCAACAGUCUUCUUUCAUUAUGUCCGAGUAAAUCCACCUUCCCUUACACUAUGAUCACAUCGUGAAGCAAAUUUCCGUGUUUGUGACUGUAGGCUAGACACAGAUUGAUCGAUCGAAAUAUACAUUGAUA